GCAGCCAGCUGAGGAUCAGCUCUUCUUCUGCUGCUGGAUGACUGAUCCUGCCCAACUAUGGCUUUAAUAGUUCACCUGAAGACCGUGACGGACCUGCGGGGAAAGGGCGAUCGCAUUGCCAAAGUGGCAUUCCGAGGUCUCUCCUUUUACACCCGAGUUCUGGAGAACUGUGAAGAUGAGGCCCGGUUCGAUGAGACUUUCCGAUGGCCGAUCGCCAGUAACGUAGACGGGAACGAGAUGCUGGAGAUUCAAGUGUUUAGCUACAGCAAAGUCUUCACUAACAGACUCAUUGGGACUUUUCGGAUGGUUCUUCAAAAAGUGGUUGAAGAGGCGCAGCUGGAAGUGACAGACACACUGAUCGAUGACAACAACUCUGCCAUCCGCACCAGCGUUAGUAUCGAGAUCAGGUACCAGACCAUGGACGGGUCGGUGGGGGCUUGGAACGACGGAGAAUUUUUGGCCAAUUCCAACAUAAGAAGUGAAGUGGAUAGCAACUUCCAUCUGGAGACGGACAGCUUGCUUUCUGGACUCAGUCAUAACUCAGCUGUGUCCCCGGGGAGAUCCCACCAGAGCCUGCACUCAGGAGAGAGGGCUUUCAGAAGCAAAAAUAAGGACAAAAAUAAGACCAAGGACGGCAAAGAGAAAGUCGGUAAAGGUGUUUUUUCUGCCAUGAAGCUCGGGAAGACUCGACCACCGAAGGAUGACGGCAGGAAGCAAGAUGAACCAGCCAUCCUUGAGACUGAAGAUCUGGACCGGAAAGCAAUACGGCUGGGGGGAGGACUGGACCCCGACACCAUAUCUCUGGCCUCUGUCACAGCAGUCACAACCAAUGUCUCCAAUAAAAGGUCCAAGCCUGAUAUUAAAAUGGAGCCCAGCGCCGGGAGACCAAUGGAUUACCAAGUCAGCAUCACGGUGAUCGAGGCGCGGCAGCUGGUCGGUCUGAACAUGGACCCCGUCGUGUGCGUGGAAGUCGGAGAAGAGAAAAAAUACACGUCCAUGAAAGAGUCAACCAACUGCCCGUACUAUAAUGAGUACUUUGUAUUUGAUUUCCAUGUGCCUCCAGACGUGAUGUUCGACAAAAUAAUCAAACUAUCGGUUAUCCAUUCUAAGAACCUGCUGCGCAGCGGGACCUUGGUCGGCUCCUUUAAGUUGGACGUGGGGACGGUCUAUACCCAGCCUGAGCACCAGUUCUACCACAAAUGGGCCAUCCUCUCCGACCCCGAUGACAUCACUGCCGGGGUGAAAGGUUACCUGAAGUGUGACAUUGCCGUGGUGGGUAAAGGCGACAACAUAAAGACGCCUCAUAAAUCCAACGAGACGGAUGAGGACGACAUUGAGGGGAAUCUGCUCCUUCCAGAUGGAGUUCCUCCAGAACGUCAGUGGGCUCGUUUCUACGUGAAAAUCUACCGCGCCGAGGGCCUGCCAAGAAUGAACACCAGCAUCAUGGCCAACGUGAAGAAGGCUCUUAUUGGAGAGAAUAAAGACUUAGUCGAUCCUUAUGUUCAAGUCACCUUCGCGGGGCAAAAGGGUAAGACGUCAGUCCAGAAAAGCAGCUAUGAGCCCAUGUGGAACGAGCAGAUAAUAUUCACAGAGAUGUUUCCUCCUCUGUGCAAAAGAAUGAAGAUACAGAUCAGGGACUCUGACAAGGUGAACGAUGUCGCCAUCGGGACCCACUUCAUAGACCUGCGAAAAAUCUCUAACGAGGGCGACAAAGGUUUCCUCCCAACCCUAGGCCCGGCCUGGGUGAACAUGUACGGCUCUACGCGGAAUUACACACUGAUGGAUGAACACCAGGAUCUGAACGAGGGGCUCGGAGAAGGGGUCUCCUUCCGUGCCCGAUUACUAUUAAGUCUUGCAGUGGAGAUUUUAGACACAACUUCUCCGGAGCUAACCAGUUCAACAGAGGUGCAAGUAGAAGGAGCGCCCCCAGUGCCUGAUAACUGCACAGGAAAGAUGGAGGAGUUCUUUCUUUUCGGAGCUUUUUUGGAAGCCACCAUGGUCGAUCGCAAAAGCGGGGACAAGCCGAUCAACUUUGAAGUUACAAUAGGUAAUUAUGGUAACCAAGUUGACGGGACCACGAGGCCAAGUAUUAGGAAGAAGAAGGAAGGAGGUGACGGCGUGGAGGAGGAGACAGAACUAUUACAGAACUCCAGUGAGGAUGAAGCGGAUGAUGAUGGGGAGAUGCAGUCCGUCUCCAGCUCCCCCCCGAUGAAGCCAUUUAUAACAGACAGAAAUUACUUCCACUUGCCCUACUUUGACAAGAAGCCUUGUAUCUACAUUAAAAGCUGGUGGCAGGACCAGAGGAGAAGACUGUACAAUGCCAAUAUCAUGGAUAAGAUCGCAGACAAGCUGGAGGAAGGUUUGAAUGACGUCCAUGAGAUGAUAAAGACAGAGAAGCCAUAUCCGGAACGGAGGCUGCGGGGGGUUCUGGAGGAACUCAGUAGUAGCUGCUUCCGCUUUGUCACCCUGGCCAACAAGGACCAGAAUCAGAACUGUCGGACCAGACUUGACCGGGAGAGACUGAAAUCUUGCAUGCGAGAACUGGAAAACAUGGGGACACAGGCCAAGACCUUGAGGUCCCAGGUGAAGAAAAACACAGUGAAAGAUAAGCUGAAAUUGGUACAGAACUUCCUACACAAGUUGCGAUUCCUGGCAGAUGAGCCUCAGCACAGUAUCCCUGACAUCUUCAUAUGGAUGCUAAGCAAUAAUAAACGCAUUGCCUAUGCCCGCAUUUCCUCCAAAGACAUCCUGUACUCCAUUGUGGAUGAGGAGACUGGAAAGGAUUGUGGAAAAGUGAAGUGUGUCUUCCUCAAGUUGCCCGGUAAACGAGGCUUCGGCCCCGCUGGUUGGACGGUACAGGCCAAAAUGGAGGUCUACAUGUGGCUAGGACUCAACAAACAGAGGAGGGACUUUCUGUGUGGUCUUCCAUGUGGAUUUGAAGAGAUUAAAGCUGUGAAGGGGCCAGGAUUACAAAGCUUCCCUCCAAUCAGUCUUAGCUACACAAAGAAGCAGGUCUUCCAGUUGCGGGCGCACAUGUACCAGGCUCGCAGUUUGUUUGCCGCCGAUAGCAGCGGCCUCUCUGACCCUUUUGCCCGAGUCUUCUUCAACACCCAGAGCCAGUGCACAGAGGUGCUCAAUGAGACGCUCUGCCCGACAUGGGACCAGCUGCUGGUGUUUGAUAACGUGGAACUCUAUGGAGAAGCAAAUGAGAUGCGAGACGAUCCCCCCAUUAUAGUCAUUGAGAUCUACGAUCAAGACACAGUGGGCAAGGCUGACUUCAUGGGCAGGACGUUUGCUAAACCAGUUGUAAAAAUGGCCGAUGAAAGGUAUUGUCCUCCCCGAUUCCCAUCACAGUUGGAAUACUACCAGAUAUACCGUGGAAACUCAACUGCUGGAGACCUAUUGGCGGCCUUUGAGCUACUUCAGAUUGGCCCUGCUGGUAAAUCUGACCUCCCAGCUAUUGAUGGACCCACAGACAUGGAGAGAGGACCCAUUCUUCCGGUCCCACUGGGCAUUCGACCUGUUCUGAGUAAAUACAGAGUUGAGAUCCUCUUCUGGGGGCUCAGAGACCUCAAGAGAGUUAACCUUGCCCAAGUGGACAGACCAAGGGUGGAUAUUGAAUGUGCUGGAAAAGGUGUGCAGUCCGCCCUCAUCCAGAACUACAAAAAGAACCCCAACUUUAGCACUUUAGUGAAAUGGUUCGAGGUGGACCUCCCAGAGAAUGAGCUGCUUCACCCACCGCUGAACAUCCGGGUGGUGGACUGCAGGGCAUUUGGAAGAUAUACCCUUGUUGGGUCUCAUGCUGUCAGCUCAUUGCGCAAGUUCAUCUAUAGACCACCAGAUAAGAAGACUCAGCACUGGAAUACAACAGGUGAAAUAGUCGUCAACAUGGAACCAGAAGUGCCCAUCAAGAAAAUGGAGACUAUGGUGAAACUAGAGGCGAAUUCUGACGCAGUGGUUAAGAUUGAUGUGAAUGAGGAAGAGAAGGAAAAGAAGAAGAAAAAGAAGAAAGGAGAGGAGAUUGAAGAGGAGGAGCCUGAUGAGAGCAUGCUGGACUGGUGGUCUAAGUACUUCGCCUCCAUCGAGACCCUGAAAGAGCAACUCCGCCAGCAGGAGGCGGCCGCAGCAGAAGCCGAAGAAAAGGAGGAGAUGGAGAUUGCAGAGGAGAUCAAAAUUGAUGAAUCUCCCAUGAAAGGCUCAAAGGGGCAGGUGAAGAACAAAGAAAAAGUGAAAGUGUCCAAAGAAGACAAGAAGAAGAAGCAGCAAGCCGAGCAAGCGGAGAAGAAGAACAAGCAGAAAAUUGAUGAGUUAAAGGUGUUCAACAAGGAGUUGGAAACUGAGUUUGAUAACUUUGAAGACUGGCUGCACACAUUUAACUUAUUACGAGGGAAGAUCGGGGAUGAUGAUGAUACCGUGAGCGAGGAGGAGAGAAUAGUCGGAAGGUUCAAGGGCUCCAUGUGUGUGUACAAGGUACCGCUGCCCGACGACAUCACAAAGGAAGCCGGAUAUGACCCUAAUUUUGGCAUGUUCCAAGGCAUACCCAGCAAUGACCCAAUAAAUGUACUGGUGCGGGUGUAUGUAGUCAGGGCCACCGAUCUACAUCCCGCUGAUAUCAAUGGGAAGGCUGAUCCCUAUGUCGUCAUUAAACUGGGAAAAACCGAAAUCAAGGACAAAGAGAAUUAUAUUUCCAAGCAGCUGAACCCUGUCUUUGGAAAGUCAUUUGAUAUUGAAGCCACUUUCCCUAUGGAGUCCAUGCUCACUGUCGCUGUAUAUGACUGGGACUUGGUCGGAACUGACGAUUUAAUUGGAGAAACCAAGAUUGAUUUGGAAAAUCGUUAUUACAGCAAGCACCGAGCUACAUGCGGGAUAUCACAGAAUUAUGCUAUUCAUGGUUAUAAUAUGUGGAGAGAUCCCAUGAAGCCGACACAAAUCCUGUCUAAACUCUGCAAAGAAGGGAAGAUUGAUGGUCCACAUUUUGGUCCAGGGGGACGAGUCAAAGUCACGAAUCGUGUCUUCACCGGCCCAACAGAGAUUGAAGAUGAAAAUGGUCAAAAGAAACAGACAGAUGAACAUCUUGCCCUCUCAGUUCUCCACCACUGGGAGGAGAUCCCCCGAGUUGGGUGCCGGUUGAUUCCAGAACACGUAGAGACUAGGCCAUUACUAAAUCCAGACAAACCAGGAAUUGAGCAGGGUCGUUUAGAAAUGUGGGUGGACAUGUUCCCAAUGGACAUGCCUGCGCCUGGUCCUGCCAUCGAUAUUUCUCCAAGGAAGCCGAAAAGAUACGAGCUUAGAGUGAUAAUAUGGAAUACUGAUGAGGUAAUACUGGAAGAUGAUGAUUACUUCACAGGAGAAAAGUCUAGUGACAUUUUUGUAAGGGGGUGGCUGAAAGGUCAGCAGGAAGAUAAACAAGACACCGAUGUCCAUUACCAUUCCCUUACUGGUGAGGGAAAUUUCAACUGGAGGUUUCUCUUCCCAUUUGACUAUUUGAUGGCCGAAGAGAAGAUUGUCAUCUCCAAGAAAGAAUCCAUGUUCUCUUGGGAUGAGACUGAGUACAAGAUCCCAGCACGUCUUACUCUUCAGGUCUGGGACGCCGACCACUUCUCUGCUGAUGAUUUCCUCGGUGCAAUUGAGCUCGACUUGAACCGUUUUCCUCGUGGAGCAAAGACAGCGAAGCAGUGCUCCAUAGACAUGGCGGCCCCAGAAGUUGAUUUGCCAAUGGUCUCAAUCUUUAAACAGAAGAGGGUGAAAGGAUGGUGGCCAUUCGUUGCCCGGAAUGAAAAUGAUGAGAUGGAGCUCACUGGUAAAGUAGAAGCAGAACUUCACCUCAUGACGGCAGAAGAAGCGGAGAAAUCUCCAGCUGGACUGGGUCGUAAUGAACCAGAUCCACUUGAAAAACCAAAUCGGCCCGACACUUCUUUCAUCUGGUUCCUCAACCCACUAAAAUCCAUAAAGUACCUCAUCUGUAACCGAUACAAGUGGCUCAUCAUUAAGAUCAUCCUGGCGUUGCUACUUUUGGCCAUGGUGGCGCUCUUCCUGUAUAGCAUGCCAGGAUACAUGGUCAAGAAACUGCUGGGAGCAUGAAGAGACGCCUGGGAGAAUAGACUCAGCAGUGCCUAUGCUUUCUCAAGAAGAUGUUUGUUCUUUCCACCAUAGACUGUAUAGUAUUGUCAGGGGGUUUCAACACAAAAAUGUAUUCUGUGUGAAUUACUUUAGCAUUUCUUCUGAGAAGCCCAGAAGGGAAAAGUCUAACUGAGGGUCAAGAGCCAACCUUGGAGUUGUGUUUUCCCGUAGACUUAGAACCCUUCGAGCUGAUAACAUGGAUGCUCUAUUCUUAGGAGGUUUUCCUAGGAGAAUGUUUGAAAUAGAUCUAUCCGUGCAACUAUGUUCUUUGUGUGAGUUUACGAGUUUUGCCCCGUGCAAACCUUCUGCAUGGCCUACAUGCUGUUCAAUUGUGGCAUUAAAAGGGAAUUGGUCACUGGGACAGGCCCAUUCACAUUAACUACAUUUUAGAAGACCCCAAAGAUAAUGAGCUAAGAAAAGCAAUAUAAGACUCUUCCCACACCAUAUCAUAGGUGGCCUUCUCCUCUGUGAGCUCACCCAUCAGAAAGAGGGGCAUAUGGGACAAUGCUUUAAAUUCCUUGACACCUAGGACACAGGAAGGUCCAAAAUCAGAGGUGGUGGCUCUAACAUUUCUGUCCAGUAGGCAGAUGAUUUUGAACCAUCAAAUUGAGGAGUACAGAUGCCCUAAUCUACCAAUUACAGCCAACUUUGACUUCCAGUGUUGCAUCCAAUGUAUGCAAAUGCCGAUUCGGUCUUGAUUUUCAAAAAAUUGCAAUUUGAAAUGAGAAAAUCGAUCCUUUCAAGUUACCAAAUCUACAACUUUCCUGUAAAAAAACGGGACCCAAAGUUGUAGAUUUCAAGCAAAACCAACUGGUCCCAAAGUUCACUACAGGAGGGCAAACGUUAAGUCAGUGGAAUGUUUGGAGACCUCAUCGAGGGCCACUGCUUUACAGAUUUAAAUUACAUUUGAUCCUCCAUGUGGGGGGGUGACCUCAAUAGUUACAAAAUAAUUCCAAGGUCUUGCCCCCCCCCCCCCCCAAUUAGAACAAAAUGCGUUUCUUGAGAAACCGCACUUUUUUGCCUUACCGCUACAAAGCCCAAAUACUCAAGCAAACGCACUGACGCAGAGAACAAAGAAUCUAUUUUCAAAUAAUUUUAUUUAAAAAAAAGAGCACAAUAUUAGUCACAUUUUUGAACAAAAAAUUUUAAAGAUCAGUUGAACAAAUUUGUAUUUUCCUACAUCACGUAAUAGUUUUUUUUUUCGUUAAAUGAAGAGAAUUUUAUAAAUUAAGAUAUUGACGAAUGGCUUCAACCCUAUCGACCUUCCAAAAAUCAAACGCCAUUUAUAAUUCAUUCACUAGCAAUUUUUAAAUGAUCAAAUUUUGCGCUAUCGCGUUUCCGUUUUUUUUCGGGUUAUUCUUUUUAGAAAGCUUUAGACCCUCCCCAGCCUUUUAAGAGCAUUUUAGAAAUAAUCCACCUGAAACACCGAAAAUCUGAAGAGUAAAAAACAAAAGUGAAAUCUGAGGUCAAGUAUAUAGGACGCGUUUCAUGCAAUUUUGGUUUUCUUUUUGAGGGAAACGGAGAAUAAUUCCCAAAGAGAGAUUGAUGACUUUUGAGAUGUGACUAGAGAUGAGCAAAUUUCAGGUUACGAAACUCGUGCAGCCCUAGUUUGUGUUUGAAGUGUGACCUCAUCGCGACAUCACUAGCUCCUCCCUCACAGCAAUACCGCUUUGGUUUUGUCCCCUCCCUCGUUGUAGGCAGUCGUCUCCUGCUUUGCACUAAUUUGAGUUGUGAACUUUGUAAAGAAAUUUAUUUGUAAGUUUUGCGGAAUGAAUUAUAAUUUGUUUUUCUGUUGUUUUUUUUCUUCCCGUUUCGUCUGUUUCUGUGUUUGUUGUUUUAUCGUUUGUUACAAUAAAAUGGUGAA